UUAACGGCUAAUCCUGAAACGCGUACCCUCGUAUGUUGGGACGUGCGCGUGCACCGUACCGCCCGUGAAACAUACAUGAGGGGUGAAAGCGACGUUUCUCACAAUUCGUACCUGUAGGGAAACAUUUUUGACGUUCAACUACAAAGAUCGAACUUUGAGUUUUUAACUGCGUGAAUGACUUCCCCGUGACGGAAGGGAAUUGGUGUGGUCUUUUACGUGUUUUCAAAAUUGGUUGUCAGGUACGUGAACAGGGAUCAAUGUGAAAUAGUUUUUUAUUCAAUCGAAAAACGAAUACGCGUCUCAAUGAUCGCAUUCGAGAUUAAAGAAUGACGUUGCGACGCGCGGUGUAACGAACUUGCAACAAUGAUAACGCCAGUGUCAGUGCAGUGGGGUUAAAGUGCCAGCCGGUUUAUGGAUAACCACGGUUCGCUGAUUGGCUGCACGAGUGCGGGCUCGUAUCAAGCCGACGAGUGGCCAGUGUCGUGUCGAGUGACGUCGAGUGACGGCAUUUAAGUGUGACUCCAACCAGUCUUUUGCCUCCUUUACACCGUGUGCGAGAGAUGAACGAAUGACUGGACCGCGGUGAUCCGUGAUACGCGAUGAGGCCGAAAUCUUGCUCGCUGUUCCUGUUAUUUUGCGUGCUCCUGCCCGGAGUGGUUCGUCCUUUCACAUCCGGCGAAGAAGGCGAAGAUGCCGCAGAGGUGGAUGACGCUUAUAUCUUGGAAGAAGACGAUGUGCCUUCAGCUACGAUAGCCAGCGAUACAGAACUCAUCUCUGAAGGCGGCGGUCAUUUACCAGUUUUCCUCACGGAGCCCGUAAACUCUUUCGUCGUGAAGAAUAAGCCCGCAAUUUUACGUUGCAAGGCUGCUCACGCGCUACAGAUCUAUUUCCGUUGUAACAACGUGAGGGCGGAGGAUUCUCAGCAGCAGGAUUUUGUGGAUCCCCAUACGGGAACGAGAAUCGUUGACUGCGAGCUCAACGUUACGAGGGAUCACAUCGAGGAAUACUUUGGCAAGGAUAAAUUCAAAUGCGAGUGCAUCGCCUGGUCUGGAUCAGGGCAAAUCAAGAGUCAGCCGGCAAUCAUCGACGUUGCUUAUCUGAAAAAGCAAUUCGAAUCGCCACCAUAUUCCGUGUCUGUCGAAGCAGGUCAAAGUACCGAACUUAGAUGCCUACCUCCGGUGGGAGUGCCACCACCUAGAGUUUACUGGUUAAGAAAUAAUAUCCCCGUAGAUACCGAAUCGGAUACUCUUUUAGUAUCCAGCGAAGGUCAUCUUCUUAUUGGUCAAGCAAAACUUAGUCAUCAGGCGAAUUACACCUGCGUCGCAGAAAAUAUUGCGGCAAAACGGUUAAGCGAACCAGUUAGCUUAACAGUAUACGUUAACGGCGGCUGGUCUUCCUGGUCGUCCUGGUCGGAAUGCCACUCACGAUGCGCGAAAGGCGGUCAGAAGAGGACGAGGACGUGCACGAAUCCAGCGCCCAUGAACGGCGGUCAGCCAUGCCUCGGCCCCUCUCAGCAAAAGAUGGACUGCAACUCGGGCUGCUCCGCCGGGGCUUUGGAAGAAUUCACUAACACCCUGGCCGUGGACGGACAAUGGUCUAGAUGGUCGGCAUGGUCAGUGUGUGGGAGCGACUGUACGCACACAAGGAGAAGAACAUGCGACGAUCCACCACCUAGCCAUGGUGGACGAUCUUGCCAGGGCAGGGAUAUCAACGUGGCGAAUUGCACCGGUGGCAUGUGCAACGUCAGCAACGCGAAGGUGGGCGGCGCUCAUUUAACCGAGGAAGCGAAUCGCCAGAUGGACGUAGCCUUAUAUGUCGGUCUAACGGUCGCCUGUGUGGUAAUUGGUGGCUUGGCGAUCUUUCUGGCGAGACUUUUGCGACGAAAAGGUCGUGAUCACUCUUUGUACUCCAUGGCUCGUAAUGAAUUCCAGCCGGAGUUCUUCCCGGAUCAGGACAAGAAGCUGAGUCUGCAACCGGAUGUGACGGCAACGAGUGUGCCGGCCUGUUACGAGUAUCCUUUCGACCCGAAGCUGUCGAUGUCGAGAUCCCUUUCGGAACACCACUACGACGUGCCGCACUUGUCGAUCGCGCCGCAACCGUCGCCGAUGUCGCCCACGCCGAGCACGUCGACCCAAGAGUCAUGCAGCGACAAGCAGAUCCACUCCGACAGCGAGAACAGUGUCACUAGUUCUUACCCGUCCUCGGACUCCACGUACAAUGUUGCCUCGGAAAGCGUCCGGUUGCCAAAGCUGGAAGCUGGAAACGUCGCCAGGGCGGCGGUGAACACGCGUGGCGCCCUGCUGGUUCUUCCAGACUCCGGGAUCUCUAUGUCGGUACCCGAGGGAGCCGUUCCCAAACCGCUCCGGGAAGAACUCUAUCUGGCGGUGCUCAACGAGGAUCGUUACCGGCCCCGAUUACCCGACGGGAUAACUCAGUUAUCAGCUGUGGUGACCUGCGGCCCGUCAUCCGCGACCUUUAACAAGCCUGUGAUUCUUCAAUUUGAGCAUUGCGCUAUGUUGCAUCCGGCAACCUGGGAACUGAGUGUUUGGGCAUGCGACGGUAUUAACGUCGAUGACGCUUCCUCUUCGAUGUCGAAAGAUCAUCAAUCAAUUACGUGGAGCAGAGUACUAACUCUAGGCAACGAGACUAUCAACACACCGCUGUUCACGCAGCUAGAUCACGCGGAAGCUUUCAUAGUAACCGAGCAACUCCGCGGUUAUGUGUUAGCCGGACAGAGCUGCGAAAAUUCGAUCGCCACGAAGAGAUUGCGAUUAGCACUCUUCGCCAGUCAGGCCGGUCAGUGCUGCGUUCGCGUUUAUGCCGUGGAAGACACGAAGGCGGCAAUGAAAGCCAUCGUCGAUCGGGAAUCGCAAAUCAGGGGCUAUCUGUUGGACAAGCCGCGCACGUUGCUGUUCCAAGACAACGGGGAGUCGCUCUGCGUCAGUCUCGAGGAAGUCGGUAACGAGUGGCAGAGCAAGUCGCCCACAGAACGUCAGGAAGUCCCGUUCCGGGAUGUUUGGAACCGUCAGGAGAACGCCAAGCACGUAACCUUCGGCCUGGACACGGCCUUUGGUCCGACUACCACGAGAAGCUACAAGCUACAAGUCUCGCAAGGAAACUCCGACACGAGACAGGUCUUCAGAAUCGUUUACGAUGGCGCGAAACAGUUGAUCUCUUCGGGUAGUGUCACGAGACCACUCAGGGAAGUCACCGUGGUUAGCAGCGGACAUGCUAACAAUGCCACGACUGACUCUACCACUCUACGACCGUUCCGAUUUACGAGAUCUUUGAGGAAGCAGCUCUGCCAAUGCUUAGACCCACCGAAUGCUCUGGGCAACGAUUGGAGAAUGUUAGCGCAGAGGCUUCAAGUCGACAGGUACAUCAAUUACUUCGCAACUAAGGCCAGCCCGACCGAGCAUAUUCUGGAUUUGUGGGAAGCGAGGCAUCGAGAACCGACGGCGGUGACGGAUUUGUUGAAUCAUCUUAGAGUAAUGGGCAGGACUGACGCUGCCACAAUUCUGGAGGCGCAGCUCGGCCCGUGGCUUUGAAUAAACAGAAAACCGGAUCUUGAAAAGCAUUUUCAGUGAGUGAAAGUCGAGACUGCGUUGUACACCCACCCGUGAGAAGUGAUCAGUGAAUCAGUAUACAAUCGAACGGCGACUGAUAAACUCGAGACCGAUCAGCGAGUGAAACGGAUCGCCGUUGGAGUGAGUGCGUGUGUGCGUGCGAAAGAAAGAACGAGUGAAACGAAGGAGGCAGGAGAACUCGAUUCUCCAAACGAACUCAUCGAAACACUGCCUUAAUUAUGCGCGAUAAACGCGUCGGUACUUUGUAAAUAAACGUGAGAGUUAGUGAAAGGCCCAAGGGUCUCUAGAAGAUUCACGGGCACGUUGAGAAUCACGGACCGAGGAAUGCUUAUUCGAGAAUUCAAGAGUGGCAUGGUCCAUGAAAGACAACCGCAUAUAAUCGUGAAGUAAUUAGGGACUGUGCAUUUAAACGGAUAUACGUGUACAUAUAUAACUAAAAAAAAUAACG